GCAUCAAUGGCAAUGGCCAUUCUACUACAGGUUAUUGGUAUUGCACUAAUGCGACCGGACUCGUGGGUCCAUGGGACCGGCAUCAAGCCAUUCGCCAUGUGCAUACUGCCCGCUAAGGUGUCCCUAUGUAGAUAAGUGGUUCGUAUAUCAGGAGCGGUUUUUCAUCUGCUUGUUCUUCGGGAUCCGUAUCUUCAACUGCCCUUCAUGUCUGCCAAUGAGAAGAGGAAAGACUAUGCCGACGUCGUCGAGAAGGAUUCCGAGGCCUCCUUCGAUGAGAAGGCUAUCGACGUCGUUGGUUUGGAUAUCCAAGCUCUCAGUGCCGAUGUGGAGGAAGCCGCCGCUCACUCUGACACUAUGUCGACGGAGGAAGUUGAGGAAUGCUUGAGGCACAUAGUUGAUAUGCAUGGAAAGGAUCCCAACUUUCCAAGGCGAGCCCUGGAGCUGAGCCGGCAAUAUCUCUUCGACGAGGACAUUCGGGACGACCCCAUUACUUUUCAGAAGCUCUAUGAUGAGGUCAAGAUUGAAGCUGCUCUGAUCGUCGUUAACUCUCCUUAUGCCGAAGUUCGUGCGGUCGUUGACAACCACGAUGAUCCUAAUAUGCCGGCCUUGACCUUCCGAGCUAGUGUCAUUGGGCUCAUCUAUGUCGUUAUCGGGGCCUUCCUCAACCAGUUCUUCUCAAUCCGACAGCCGGGAAUUACGAUCACUUCGAAUGUUGCACAGUUGUUGGCAUUCCCUGCGGGAAAAUUCUUUGAACAGGUGUUACCUACCACGAAGUACAAUACCUUUGGCUAUGAGUGGUCAUUGAAUCCCGGUCCUUUCAACAUGAAAGAGCACAUGGUCGCUACUAUCAUGGCUAACGUUGGUUUUACUACUCCAUACACAGCAUAUGUCAUAUGGGUACAAUUUGCUGAGAGGUUCUUCAAUGAGUCCUGGGCCACAAACUUCGGAUACCAGAUCCUUAUUUCGCUAUCUACGAACUUUAUUGGUUAUGGUCUGGCUGGGAUCACGCGACGCUUCCUCGUCUACCCGUCCUACGCAAUAUGGCCAACAAAUUUAGCCACUAUUGCUCUGAAUCGUGCCUUCCACUCGCAAACAAACCAGAUAGCUAACGGCUGGAAAGUCUCUCGGAUGAGGUUCUUCCUAUACGCUUUUGGAGGGAUGUUCGUGUACUUCUGGUUCCCUAAUUACAUCUUUCAAGCUCUGUCGUAUUUCAAUUGGAUGACAUGGAUUGCUCCCGAAAACGUCCUGCUCGGCGCGGUAACAGGUAGUAUCGGAGGCCUUGGUUUGAAUCCGAUCCCUACAUUCGAUUAUAACGUUCUCUCGGUCGCUGGUGACCCUCUCAUCAAUCCGUUCUUCACGAUUGCCAACUAUUUCCUUGGUGCCAUCGUUACACUCCCAAUUAUAAUUGCAAUUUGGGUGAACAACGUUUGGUACACUGGGUAUCUGCCGAUCAAUUCCAAUGGUGUAUUCGACAACACAGGCGCGCGAUAUAACGUGUCUAAGGCUGUGGACGCACAGUCGAUUUUCGACGAGGCGUCAUAUAAAGCUUACUCCCCUGCAUACCUUGCCGCGGGUAAUAUCUUGCUGUAUGGUUUCUUCUUUGCGACGUAUGCGGCAACUAUCUCCCACACGUUCCUCUACCACCGGAGGGAAAUAGCUUUGGGCUUCAAAAGUCUGUGGAAGAGGAAGCCUGUGAGGGAGGACCGAUUUGAUGUACACAGCAAGCUAAUGGGGGCCUACGCUGAGGUUCCCGAGUGGCACUAUCUCUGUGUUCUAGCAAUUUCUGUCGGCCUCGGUGCUGCUGGUGUAGCCGCCUACCCGACUUCAACUUCUCCGGCUGUUGUUCUCUAUGGUAUCCUCCUCGCGGUCAUAUUUUGUAUUCCUAUCGGUAUCAUCGCUUCGAUCACUAAUUGCCAGGUGACGCUCAAUGUUCUGGCUGAAUUCUUCGGUGGUCUAUGGUUCCCUGGAAAUGCCAACGCCUUGAACUUUUUCAAGUCUUACGGCUAUGUCACUACCGCUCAUACCUUGGCAUUUGCUCAGGAUCUGAAGCUCGCGCACUACACCCAUAUUCCGCCCAGGAUUACGUUCUGGGUGCAGAUGGUAGCGACACUUGCGUCGACCUUUGUCUGUGUUGGGAUUUUAAACUUCCAGAUGACGCAGAUCCCCGAUGUCUGCUCGUCUACGCAGAAAGACAAGUUCACCUGCCCGGGCGCCAACACGUUUUUCACUGCGUCAGUUCUUUGGGGAACGCUUGGUCCCUCCAGGAUGUUCGGGUCGGGGGCUAUCUAUAAUCCCCUGAUCUGGUGCUUCUUGAUCGGCUUCGUCUUGCCCAUUAUCGUGUACUUUUUGACGCCCAGAAUACCGAUUUUCAAGUACUUCCAUCUCCCGGUGUUCUUGGUCGGAACACUUAUCUGGGCACCUUACAACUUGUCGAAUACGUGGCCGGCUGUGCCUAUUGCUUAUGUCUUCAAUAUCUUCAUCAAGAAACGGUUCCUCUCAUGGUGGUCGAAAUAUAACUAUAUCUUGGCAUCAGCCUUUACAUGUGCGAUUGCCCUGUCUGCUGUUAUCCAGUUCUUCGCCGUGCAGUAUGUUGGCGCUGAGAUUAAUUGGGGGCCUAACACGAUUCCUUAUGGGGGCUGUGACUAUAACGAAUGUACAUAUUACACCGUCGCAGAUGGGGAUCAUUUCGGUCCGGGUGUCGGUGAAUUCUAGGGUUAUUUCUUAAGAUUAAUGCGUUGUUGUUGUUCUUGUAUGUAUGAGCCAGGCCGCCCAGCUUAGCUGCGGAGGUCUUGUAA